AUGGCGGAUUACAACCCCGGACUGGAUAACCAGCUCCGCCAUCUCCAGCGUGAGCUCGAGGAAGGCGACAUCACAGAGAAAGGCUACCAAAAGCGACGAACUCUGCUCUUCUCUCAGUAUGGCCCUCCACCCGUCCCGCCGCCGCAGUCUGGCCUUCGAAUCCAUUCCGUCGAGAACUCUUCGCAUCCCGUAAACGAUGGUCACAGGGUAGCUGCCAUGGCUGCCAUGGGAGGCGGUGUCCUACCCCGACCCGGCAGCUCGUACUCUCACCAGCAGUCAGACGACCCUCCAUACUCCCCCAACUCCUGGGCGCCGACACCCGACCAUAACCCAAACAUACUGCGCCCGGGCGUGCCGAUACCAGAGAACCGCGCACCAGGACCGAUGAAUCACGAUUCUCUGUUUGUUCCAGGACCCGGAGGUACAAUGCGUCUAUCGCGAAGCGGAACCAUGGUGUCUGGCGACUAUGCCUUCAACCCCGACCAACACGGCUCAUACCCUCAUUCGCAACAGCCCCCUCCAGAUGGCAGAACUCACACCCUGCUUGAUUCUCAAGGCUAUUUCUCUGAUUUUGCUGGCCAGCAGCAUUACGACCAACCGCAGCAAGCCGAGUAUGGUGGCCCGCAGAACCGAUACUCAUCCGGCGAGGCCUUCUCCCCCACGGCUGCCAUGGCACCGCCGAUGCUGACCGCCAGCGACCUCCCACCACCCGAGGCACUUGCAUAUCAACUGCCAUUGGAACCUCGCGAGGUUCCAUUCAGCAUCAUGGAUUCCCAUGAUCCGACCCUGGCCAUGUCGAGAUUCGACAACCUUGCUUCCGUACUACGACAUCGCGGCCGAACAAUUGCAAAGACGCCUGCAUUUUGGGUCCUCGAUAGCAAGGGCAAGGAAACAGCCUCCAUCACAUGGGACAAGUUCGCUUCCCGGGCCGAAAAGGUGGCUCAAGUCAUUCGAGACAAGAGCUCCCUGUACCGGGGUGACCGAGUUGCCUUGGUCUACCGGGACUCUGAAGUUAUCGACUUCGCCAUUGCUCUCAUGGGCUGCUUCAUCGCAGGCGUCGUCGCAGUCCCCAUAAAUGACUUACAAGACUACCAGCGUCUCAACUACAUCCUUACCUCGACGCAGGCUCAUCUCGCCCUGACGACGGACAACAACUUGAAGGCUUUUCAACGAGAUAUCACGGCGCAAAAGCUAACCUGGCCUCGCGGCGUUGAAUGGUGGAAGACAAACGAGUUUGGCAGCUACCAUCCCAAGAAGAAAGAAGACAUACCCGGUCUCAACGUCCCCGACCUUGCAUAUAUUGAGUUUUCUCGCGGGCCCACUGGUGACUUGAGAGGCGUCGUGCUUAGCCAUCGCACCAUUAUGCAUCAAAUGGCAACGCUCAGUGCUGUUAUUUCUAAUAUGCCUGGGAAUUCUGCCGGAGAUACCUUCAACCAAUCGCUCAGGGACAAAAACGGUCGUCUUAUCGGUAACCGUUCGCGCAGCGAAUCAAUCCUUUCAUACCUGGAUCCUCGCCAAGGAAUUGGCAUGAUUCUUGGUGUCUUACUCACAGUAUAUGGUGGCCAUACUACAAUCUGGUUUGACAACAAGGCUGUCGAUGUGCCCGGCCUAUACGCUCAUUUAAUCACCAAGUACAGAGCGACUAUCAUGGUUGCCGACUAUCCGGGCCUAAAACGUGCCGCAUACAACUACCAGCAGGACCCCAUGACAACGAGAAAUUACAAAAAGGGCGUGGAGCCUAAUUUUCAGACGGUCAAACUGUGCUUGAUCGAUACCCUCACCGUUGACAGCGAGUUCCAUGAGGUCUUGGCCGAUCGAUGGCUGCGACCACUACGCAACCCCAGAGCGCGUGAUGUAGUGUCGCCUAUGCUGUGUCUUCCAGAACAUGGAGGCAUGGUCGUCAGUUUGCGUGACUUCCUCGGCGGCGAGGAGCGGAUGGGCGUUCCCCUCAAAAUCAAAGAAGCAGGGUUUGAAACCGACGGAGACUCCGACGCCAGUAGCGAAAAGGAGGAAAUCAAACCCGCUACUUCUAACGGAUUUGGCAGCUUGCUUGGCGGAGGGACUACAACGACUAAGGAUCCACAAGAUUCCCAGACAGAGAUGAACGAAGUGCUUCUUGAUCGCGAGGCACUCAAGACGAACGAAGUGGUUGUGAUUGCGUAUGGAGCCGAGGCUAGGAAGAAAGGCUCUAAUGACCCGGGUAUGGUUCGCGUCGGAGCGUUUGGCUAUCCUAUCCCGGAUGCCACGUUGGCCAUUGUCGACCCUGAAACUGGGCUACUUGCUUCCCCACACUCGGUUGGCGAAAUCUGGGUUGACUCCCCGUCACUAUCGGGCGGCUUUUGGGCUCAGCCUAAGAACACAGAGCUCAUCUUCCAUGCUCGCCCUUACAAGUUCGAUCCGGGUGAGCCCACUCCUACGGCUGUGGAACCUGAAUUUCUCCGCACUGGCCUUCUCGGCACUGUUAUUCAGGGCAAAAUAUUCAUUCUCGGAUUGUACGAGGAUCGUAUUCGACAGAAGGUCGAGUGGGUAGAGCAUGGAACCGAAUUAGCCGAAUAUCGCUACUUUUUCGUGCAGCACAUGGUUGUCAGUAUUGUCAAAAAUGUCCCCAAGACAUAUGACUGCUCCGCAUUCGACGUUUUUGUCAAUGAAGAGCACUUACCCGUCGUCGUUUUGGAAACGGCGGCGGCAUCAACGGCACCCCUGACCUCCGGCGGUCCUCCCAGACAGCCCGAUAUGGCUCUGUUGGACUCAUUGGCUGAGCGCUGCAUGGAAGUUCUGAUGCAGGAGCACCAUCUUCGUCUGUACUGCGUCAUGAUAACAGCGCCAAACUCAUUGCCGCGGGUAAUGAAGAAUGGCAGACGCGAGAUUGGCAACAUGCUGUGUCGCCGCGAGUUUGACCUCGGAAAUCUGCCUUGCGUACACGUCAAAUUCGGGGUUGAACAUGCUGUUCUCAAUCUCCCUAUUGGCGUGGACCCAAUUGGCGGUAUCUGGUCUCAAAUGUCCUCGGAGUCUCGCGAAGAUGUGCUCAUGACGUCUGAAAAGCAGUACUCUGGCAUCGACCGACGCGAAGUCGUAAUUGAUGACAGAACCUCGACGCCGCUGAACAAUUUCUCGUGCAUCACCGAUCUUAUUCAGUGGCGUGUUGCCCGUCAGCCUGAAGAGCUAGCUUAUUGCACCAUCGACGGAAGAGGCCGCGAGGGCAAAGGUAUCACUUGGCGCAAGUUUGAUUCUAGAGUCGCUGCCGUGGCUAUGUAUCUGAAAAACAAAGUCAAGGUACAGCCAGGUGAUCAUUUGAUCCUCAUGUAUACCCAUUCGGAAGAAUUCGUGUUCGCGGUACAUGCUUGCAUCAGCCUUGGCGCCAUCAUUAUUCCCCUCGCUCCUCUAGACCAAAACCGCCUGAACGAGGAUGUGCCCGCGUUCCUCCACAUUGUUGCUGACUACCGAGUCAAGGCGGUUCUAGUCAACACUGACGUCGAUCACCUCAUCAAACUCAAACUAGUCUCCAAUCACAUCAAGCAGUCGGCGCAGAUCCUCAAGAUCUCGACGCCGGGCCACUACAACACAUCGAAACCGCCCAAACAGAACAACGGUCUACGCGAUCUGGGUCUGACCAUUGAUCCCGCGUGGAUCCGACCUGGCCACCCGGUCAUUAUUUGGACAUACUGGACCCCGGAUCAGCGCAGAAUCGCUGUGCAACUUGGCCACGACACAAUCAUGGGCAUGUGCAAGGUUCAGAAAGAGACGUGCCAGAUGACUAGUACCAGACCCGUACUUGGUUGUGUCCGCAGCACGACUGGACUUGGUUUUCUACACUCGUGCUUGAUGGGUAUCUAUAUCGGCACACCAACAUAUCUGCUCUCGCCAGUCGAGUUUGCGCAAAAUCCUAUGUCGCUAUUUGUCACCCUGGCCAGAUACAAGAUCAAAGAUACCUAUGCCACGGCGCAAAUGCUCGACCACGCCAUGUCCACCAUGCAAGCCAAGGCGUUCACCUUGCAUGAACUAAAAAAUAUGAUGAUUUCAUCCGACAGUCGACCUCGAGUUGACAUCUUUCAGAAGGUCCGUAUGCACUUUGCCCAGGCUGGCCUGGACCCUACAGCCAUUAAUACGGUAUACUCUCACGUUCUCAACCCAAUGGUUGCAUCUCGAUCAUACAUGUGUAUUGAGCCUAUUGAGCUCUGUCUUGAUACAAAGGCUCUCCGACGAGGCUUGAUCUUGCCCGUAGAUCCUGAGUCGGAUCCGAAGGCUCUCAUAGUUCAGGACUCUGGAAUGGUGCCAGUUUCGACUCAGAUUGCCAUUGUCAACCCGGAGAGCAGAGCUCAUUGCUUUGAUGGCGAAUAUGGCGAGAUUUGGGUUGAUUCGGAAGCCUGCGUGAAGUCAUUCUAUGGAUCCAAGGACGAUUUUGAUACUGAACGCUUUGACGGCCGAACUGUUGACGGGGAUCCUGCCGUACAAUAUGUGCGCACUGGUGAUCUGGGCUUCCUGUAUAAUGUGAGCCGACCUAUUGGACCUGGGGGUGCGCUGGUUGACAUGCAAGUACUCUUUGUUCUUGGUGGAAUUGGGGAAACAUUUGAGAUUAAUGGGCUGAGUCACUUUCCAAUGGAUAUUGAGUCCUCGGUGGAGAAGUGCCAUCGUAAUAUUGUGCCCAAUGGCUGUGCCGUUUUCCAAGCUGGCGGUCUCAAUGUUGUGCUCGUCGAGGUCAAUCGCAAGGCUUACUUGGCUUCCAUUGUGCCUGUAAUCGUCAAUGCGAUCCUUAGUGAGCAUCAAAUCAUUAUCGACAUUGUCGCCUUCGUCAGCAAGGGCGAUUUCCCACGGUCGCGCUUGGGCGAGAAACAACGCGGCAAGAUUCUCGCCGGGUGGGUUACACGUAAGCUGCGGACCAUGGCUCAGUUUGGCAUCCGUGACAGCAGUCCAGCCGCCAUGGGCGAUGUUCCAGUAGCGGACGAAAGCAGGAAUUCAACUGGAAGCGUGCGCAGCUCAGCAAUGCUGGCAGCUGGAGCAUCUAGCCUCCGAAACGUCGAGGCAGCGCCGGAGAUCCCCGAACAUGAAGAGUAUGAUACCCGAUACAAUACCAUGUCCACCAUGCCACCCCCGAGGCACGGCAUGAUUCCCGAGGAUCAGACGACUCCGACAGGCUUCGCACCUAGAGGGUCGACGGGUGGACCGGAUGACUUUCACUACGCUGAUAAGGUAAACACCAGUGUUGGUGACUACGGUUUUACGAACAAGGAGGAUUCUUCCGCGACACCUAUCGUCUCUGAGCUUGAUUCCACGCCGAGCAUGCGUCGUGAUGACUACCAGGGCGCUCCACAGAUAAGACUGCCCGGAGUUGAUGGGCGAGAGAGCAUGGACCUGUUCCACGGCCGGGCAGAGGGCUUGGAAGACGACGAAGCAGAGUGGACGGCUGACGCGAUUAUGCAUAUGAAUCUCGCCGGUGAUACGGACGCCCGACCAGGCGCACCAAGGUGA